CCAUCUCCGGGACCUAAGGAAUUACUCAUCAAGAACGAGUACGUCGCAUCGAACCCAAAGGAUUGGAAGCUCCAUGAUUCAACAGUCUGGGAUCUGGGUGACAGGGUCGAAGGCAAUGAUGUAGCCGGCUACGUGGAUGCCAUUGGCGAAGGGACGACCCGAUUCCAGGUAGGAGACCGAGUUGCCGGGUUUUCAAUGAUGGCGACCGACGACAAGUACGGCGCGUAUGCCGAGUACACGGUCGUACCAGAAGGUACCACAUUUGCACUUGCUGAUCAUGUCAAGUUUGAGGAGGCCGUGACGCUCCCUCUUGCAGCAAUGACUGCCGCAAUUGCUUUGUUUGUCAAGUUAGAUUUGCCGAAGCCCAAGGAGGUUGGGCACGGCAAGAAGCCGGCAGUCUUCAUCAACGGUGGAUCGAGUUCAGUUGGGCACUUUGCAGUGCAACUUGCCAAGGCUGCAGGAUUGUAUGUCAUCACCACAGCAGGAGGUUCAUCGGAACUGCCUAAGUCCGCUGGUGCCGAUGUUAUCAUCGACUACCGUGGAAAGACGCCAGACGCAAUAGCAAAGGAGAUUAACGAAGCUGCACAGUCAGCCGGUCACACGCUCAACCGUGUCUUUGACGCCAUCUCUGAAGACAUUGUUCGCCUCAGCAACGCUGUCUUGAAGGACAAAGAAGCUGCGAAGACUACAUUCAUCCUGCAAGUAUCUGAGAAGGACGAGCAGGCCAAAGACCCGAAGAUUGCCUUUGUCCAGACAAACGUAGGUGCAGCUCACGCAAUGCGAGGGGAUGACCAUCAGGCCUUCGCUACAGAAUACUACGAUUGGCUGGGAGAGAAAUUGGCAGAAGGCACCUUUAAGGGCAAUCCGGUAAAGUUGAUGCCCAAAGGCCUUGCAUCCAUCGGCGAAGGUCUCAAUUUGCUCAAGCAAAACAAGGUCAGCGGCCAGAAGUUGGUAUACAGGAUCUCUGACACUCCCUGA